GCUGUAAUAAAAAGAUUAUAGUUGAUGGUAAUGUAACCGGACAAUACGUAAGAUGAUGAGAAAAUGGGAGGGACGGGAGUUGAAUGUAGUAAUUACGUCACAUCCGUUUAGCAGAAUCGUGAAAACAUCGAGCUUAGCUUAAUGAUUCUUGAUUUAGAAGCUGGGACGAUAUGGUUGUCCAUUGUAGCUCUGUUAUCCUUGUAUGUUUAUAGCUACCGAUAACUGCAGCCAUAUAUAUUUUUUAACUAUAGAAUAUCGAUGCUUCUUAUCUCAACGAGAAACGUUAAUUUCGUAUAUUAUAAUUGCGCACAUGAAAAAGCUUUAAUAUUUUACACUGUGAGAUAGUUUAUCCAGCAUGAAGUUUGCUGAACAUCUUGCAGCUCACAUCACGCCUGAGUGGCGGAAGCAAUACAUUCAGUAUGAGGUAAUGAAGAAUAUGCUGUAUGAGGCACAAGAACAGGCACCCUCAUCUGAAGUUACUGAUAGUGCUAUUAUCAAAAGAUAUUUCACAAGGUUUGAUGAAAGUUUUUUUCAAUUCUGUGAAAAAGAGCUGACAAAAAUCAACACCUUUUUCUCUGAAAAAUUUGCUGAAGCCACUCGGAAAUUUGCCACAUUAAAUGCAGAACUGCAAGAAUAUUCACAGCUCGAAGAAAAAGCAUUGCACCACUCGUCAUUGCGACGAAGACGUGGCAGUGUACAUGUGUUAUUUAAGGAAAAGAACAACAAAGUUAUUAACACUCGGAAGAUGCAUGAUCUCAAACUUGCCUUCAGUGAAUUCUAUCUGAGUCUGAUUCUUUUACAGAAUUACCAAACAUUAAAUUUUACUGGUUUUAGAAAAAUUUUUAAAAAACACGACAAACUUUUCCAGACAAAUAAUGGUGUAGAAUGGAGAAUGGGAUUUGUUGACACAGCACAUUUCUAUGUCACCAAAGAAGUGGACCAGCUAAUUAAAGAAACAGAACAAAUUGUGACCACAGAUUUAGAAGGAGGUAACCGACAAAAGGCUAUGAAGAGGCUGCGAGUCCCACCAUUAGGAGAAAAGCCAGAUACUUGGGUAACAUUUCGUGUUGGCCUUUUCUCUGGUAUCUUCUGUGUUUUACUCUUAGUUAUUAUCUUAGCAGCUAUAUACACCAAACAUUCCAGUGACUGGGAACCUGCCUUACGUAUCUACAGGGGCCCAUUUUUACUCAUACUUGAUGUCUUCUUACUUGGGAUGAAUACUUAUGGAUGGAGAACAUCAGGUGUCAAUCAUGUUUUAAUAUUUGAGCUUGAUCCUCGAAAUCAUUUGACCCAUCAGCAGCUACUCGAGACUGCUUCAGGACUAGCUGUUCUCUGGGCCUCCAGUGUCCUGCUCUAUCUGUUUAGUAAUUCAUUAAACAUCCCAGCAUUCAUCAGUCCAUUUACCCUUGUCAUCCUCCUUGUUGCAUACCUAAUUAACCCUUUACAAAUAUUCCAUCAUCGAGCAAGAUUUUGGCUCAUCAGAAUAUUGCUUAUACCGAGUACAUCGGCGCCAGUCAUGUUGGACUUCUAUUAUUUUAUAUGUUUUUAUGCAAUUGUUUUUAACUGGCAAACGACAGAAUAUAAAACCGCCUCAACAUGCCUUCAGACAAAAUAUGGUAUCCGAGCUAUUGUCAACUGCUUGCCUGCAUGGUUCCGUUUUGCUCAAUGUCUUCGACGGUAUAAUGAUACUCACCUAAAAUUCCCUCACAUUGUAAACGCCGGGAAGUAUGCUACCACUUUUCUGGUUGUGAUAUUUCACUCAAUUUACAAAAUGUACAAAGAGAAACAUGCUGCUCUUCCUGAUGCUGGCAUAAAUGGCAAUGCUGAGGCAGAUGUCAGCUAUGAAACAGAACAAACCAUCUUCUAUUACACCUGGAUUGUUGCACUACUAAUUAGCUCCUGCUACACUUUCACCUGGGACAUCAAGAUGGACUGGGGUCUCUUUGAGAAAACUAAAGGUGAAAACAAGUUUCUGCGAGAAGAGUGUGUUUAUGCCUAUAACGGUUAUUAUUACUUUGCUAUUUUAGAAGAUUUUAUUCUUCGUUUUAUAUGGACUCUGAAAGUGUCUAUUAUUGAAAAUGGAAUGGUCCAGAAAGAAGUUGCUAGUACGAUACUAAUGAUUUUAGAAGUCUUCCGAAGAUUCAUUUGGAACUACUUCCGUCUGGAGAAUGAGCACCUGAAUAACUGUGGUCAGUUCCGAGCUGUGCGGGACAUUUCUAUAGCCCCAAUUGAAUCAAAUGAUCAAGCCUUACUGAUGGAAAUGAUGGAUGACCCAGACGGGCUAGGGCCACGAAAGUAUCGAGAUAGGUUCAUGGAACGAAAUCGCAAAGAUCCAAAGAUUUGGGUGAAUUAUGAAGAUGAUAAUGACUAAAAGUUUCAUCUUUUCUGACAUAACCCUUAUGACCACUAUAUUAAAGAUUGCAGGAAAUACAACACACAUUUACAUAGUUAUACAUAUACAUGGUUGAUAUAUGACAGAGACAAGUCUAAAAAUUGGAUGAUAUUUUUUUAACAUAUCUGACUAACUUAACGGGUGAAAGAAUAGUUUAUAUGAAAUAUUUGUUUAAUAAAUGGAAACUGAGGAGUUUGUAA